AUGGCCUGGGAGAAUCAGACCUUCAGCUCUGACUUCAUCCUGCUGGGGAUCUUCGACCACAGCCCUGCCCACACCUUCUUCUUCUCUCUGGUCCUGGGCAUAUUCUCAGUGGCCGUCCUGGGGAACUCGGCGAUGCUGCUCCUCAUCUGUGUGGACACCCGUCUGCACACCCCCAUGUACGUCCUGCUGGGCCAGCUCUCACUCAUGGACCUCAUGCUCGUCUGCACCACGGUGCCCAAGAUGGCCGCCAACUACUUGUCUGGAAGCAAGGCCAUCUCGGUGACUGGUUGUGCCACACAGAUUUUCUUCUACAUAUCGUUACUUGGCUCUGAAUGCUUUCUGUUGGCUGUCAUGGCUUAUGACCGCUACAUUGCCAUUUGUCGCCCUUUAAGAUACACUGAUCUUAUGAGCCCCAAGAUCUGCGGACUCCUGGCCGCCUCCUCCUGGAUUCUGGGCUCUACAGAUGGUGUCAUCGAUGUUGUAGCUACAUUUUCCUUCUCCUACUGUGGAUCCCGGGAAAUAGCCCAUUUCUUCUGUGACUUCCCUUCCCUACUGAUGCAUUCAUGCAGUGACACAACAACAUUCGAAGAGAUUCUUUUCAUCUGCUGUAUAUUAAUGAUAGUUAUUCCUGUAGGCAUAAUCAUUGCUUCGUAUGCCCGUGUUAUUCUAGCUGUGGUCCACAUGGGAUCUGGGGAGAGUCGCCGCAAAGCUUUCUCCACCUGCUCCUCUCACCUCAUGGUGGUGGCCAUGUACUACGGAGCAGGUUUGUUCAUGUACAUGCGACCCACCUCAGGUCGUUCUCCAGCACAGGAGAAGGUGGUGUCUGCCUUCUACACCAUCCUCACGCCCAUGCUGAACCCCCUCAUCUACAGCCUCCGCAACAAGGAUGUGGCCAGAGCAUUCAUGAAGGUGUUGGGGAAAGGCAAGAGUGGAGAUUGA